AUGUCCGAGCCCGAGACUAUCGUCAUUAUAGGAGCCGGCGUAAUAGGCCUCUCAACUGCCCGACACAUCCAACAAUAUCUAAGCCCCAAUCAAUCCGUCCUCGUGGUAGCCAGAGAUUUCCCUUCCGACACCUCCGUCAACUAUACCUCCCCAUGGGCCGGAGCGCAUUAUAGACCCGUCCCCGGGUCUUCGCCGCAGGCUCUCCGCGAAGCAAACCAGGCGCAACGAACAUACGAAUUCAUGAAGCGAGUCGAGGCCCAUGAACCAGCCGCAGGCGUCAAAUUUGUACAAGGUAUCGAACACCUCGAAGCACCGCCUCCGGAAUAUGAGGAUGCGCAGAGUUUGCGUUCUUCUCAUGGCGGGCUGGAUGAAUGUCGUCGCCUUUCGAGUAGUGAGGUUCCAAGUGGUGUGAAAUGGGGUAUUCAAUAUAAGACAUGGGUUGUUAAUUCGCCGGUCUACUGUGCGUAUAUGUUGCGCAAAUUCAUCUUGAAUGGUGGGAGGACAAGGCAAUAUGUUCUUGGGAAUUUGCAAGAGGGGUUUUUCUUGGAACAUAAUGUGAAGACUGUGGUGAAUUGCUCUGGAUUGGGCUUUAAUGAUCCCAAAUCGUUUAUUAUUAGAGGCCAAACUUGUCUUGUGAGGAAUCCUGUAUCAGAGACUAUCACUCGCCAGAAUGAGGAUGGGACUUGGUCUUUUUGUAUUCCACGUCCUCUUGAUGGUGGAACGGUUAUUGGUGGGACCAAGGAAGUUGGGAACUGGGAUCCUAAUCCCUCGAUGGAGACACGAGCUACGUUGCUUGUCAAUGCGAAGAAGUGGUUCCCUUUCACACCUGAGAGUGGUGGCGAGUUUGAUGUGAUUCAUGAUAUUGUGGGUAGGCGACCGGCUCGCGAGGGUGGUAUGCGUAUCGAGAUUGAAAAAACGAGUAAUGGGAGACAGGUGGUUCACGCAUAUGGUGCUGGCGGUCGUGGUUAUGAAAUUUCGCGAGGAGUAGCCGAAGAUACGGUGGCAUUGAUGUUGGAGAAUGGGAUUUUGCGCGAAAAGGCGGCACUGUAG